AGAAAGGAAUGAGCUCACAAGUCAUGGGAAGACUCACAGGAAGCUUAAAUGCAUAUUGCUGGAUAGAAGAACCCAUCCGAAAAGGUGACUUUCUCUAUGAUUCAAACUACGUGACUUUCUGGAAAAGGCAAAACUAUGGAGAUGGUGAAAAGAGAAAAGGAUUUCUGCUUUCAAAUCCGCUGUUUCCUGAGGCUGGGUGCUGAGUUCAGCUGCCCCUGGAGGAGCAGCAGCUCUGGGCUGCUGGCAGGGCCGCAUCCUCUUCAGUCUGGACACAUUCCCUGCAGCCAGGGGAAGCGGCCCAUGCCGGCUGUCCUGGGAUGCAACAGCGGACCCGCAUGCUGGAAUUUGACCCUUUUCCUGCCUGACACCCAGCAAAAUAAACCCCAGGGAAGGGAUCAAUGCCUGCAACCGGAAUCCAGAAGAAAGAAGAGUGACAGAUAAGCCCGGGGUCACAGGCCAGUGAGGUCAGGACCUCCCAGGGACGGACACACAGCCCAAGGUUUGGGUGUGAGAUUUCGGAGCCCCAGGUAAUAAAACUAAAACGGCUAAGGUGCCUGGCAGCUCAGUGCCUCACAGUGCUAGCUGGGGCAAGGAUGGAAAUUCACCUGAGUUCGCUGUGGUGGCUACUGGCUGAAUCAUGUCCUCCCAAAAUUCAUAUGUUGGAGCGUACCUCGGGAUGUGGUACCCCAGGAUACCUCAGUACCUCGGGAUGUGGCGUUGUUUGGAGAAAGAGUUGUUAGAGAGGUAAUUUAGUUAAAAUCAGGCCAUGAGGGUGGGCCCGAAUCCAAUCUAAUUGGCAUCCUUCUGAAAAGGGGAAAUUUGGACACAGAGAGAGAGAAAAACAGGGAGGGCACCCUGGAAACAGGAAGGCAGCCACCUCCAAGCCAAGAAGGCCCUGGAGCAGACCCCAUCUCAGAGCUCCAGCAGGAACCAACCCUGUCCAACCUUCGUGUUGAACUUCUGGCCUCCAGAGCUGUGACACGAUCUACUUCUGUGGUUUAAGCCAUGUAGCCUGUGGCGCUUGGCACUAGAGCAGCCCCAGGAAACCCAAUGCAGUGGCCAAAAUAGAGAGGGCAGAUGGCUUGCUAACGUCACACAGCACACUGUCAAGAGCGGGGUCUUCAACUCACCACCUAGGGACCCAGUAGUCAGGCGUAAGGUGGAACGCCCUUCCAAUAUGGCUAGAGCCAGGCUGUCUGGGCCCAAUUCCCAGCUUUUUAUGUAUUACUUAACCUCUCUGUGCCUCAGUUUACCAAGCUAUAAAAUGGGCAUAAUGACAGCACCUGCCUGGUGAUGCUCUUGGAAGGAUGAAAGGAGGAGAUGGUGUGGGCAUCUAGACGGCACCAGGCAUCACCCUGAGAGCUGACCAUGCGGGGAAUGCUCCAUCCUCACACCAGCCAGGUGUUGCCACCCCUCUCUUGCUGAUGGAGACCAGGAGGGUCAGGGCAGAAGGCCGUGCCCAAGGUCUCACAGCCAGGAGCCUGCCUCCCACUGGUCCCUGUGUGGCCAGUGCUGCCCUGGGGGCUGCUGCUGUGCACUGGAGGGGUAGCUGUGCAGAGGAGCCAGAGGGGAUGGUGUCGAGGACAGAGCUUGCGGCUCUGCACCUGGCUCCCAGAGGAAUGGGUCUCGGAGCUGCUCUGCACAGACCCUAACCUUGAGGAGAGGGAGAAGCACCACUCUCUGCUCCACUCACUCAGGUGAGCACUCAAAGUGUCAUAUGUAACCAGGAGCACUAGUUGCUGUGGCGGUUUCAGAGGUGAGUCCAAUGUGGACCCUCGCCCUGAGAUGGACACAGUUUGAUGGAAGAUGCCAGACUCACACAUUCACUCACUCACUCAUUCCCUCAAGUAUUCAUUCUGCAAAGCUGCACUUAUUACCUACCUGAAGCCAGGACUCAGUCUCAGCCAAGGAGAGCGUGGGUGGGAGGAGCCUCAGACGCUCUCCAGCAUCCCUGCCCCCAGGUGUCUACACACCUGCGUACUCCCCGACCUGGAGCGUGGUGGGGCUGUGAAGAGGGUGGAUGUGCUCUCAUGAUGAGGUUACUUUGCAUGGCAAAGGUGGCCGGACGUCUGCAGGUGUGAUUAAGGUGCAACCGGCUGACCUUGAGUUAAUCAAAAUGACGAUUAUCCUGGGUGGGCCCAAGCUAAUCAGGUGAGCCCUUUCAAAAUGGCCUUGAAAUCAGAGACUCUCCUGCGGGAUUUGGAGAUCCAGCCCCAUGAGGAACCGGGGCCAGGAAAUGCAAUCUUCCACAACCUCGAGAGCUUGGAAGAGGGUCCCAGACCUCAGACGAGACCCCAGCUCCAGUUGGCACCUUGACUGCAGCCCCAUGAGACAGAAGGCCCAGCUAUGCCAUGUCCUGACUCCCGACCUGCCCAAACUUUAAGACAACAGAUAAAUGCCAUUUUAAGCUUUUCAA